CCUACUUGUUGGGCGUCCCUGAUCCCAAGUAGAUCACUAUGGAGCCACUAGUCUUUGGAUUAUGUGUAUGGCUGUUACUUCAUAUAUCUCAACAGUCUCCUGCGCAUAAAGAUCAACAAACACGCAGGGCAAAUCGUAGUGCAGUUAGAGGGUUCCUGGAAGACAAACUUAUUGAGCACGGACAGGCGCUGGAAGAAAUACUUAAAAUCGUUCAAAAGAAUGAAGAGCUUACAAAGAGAAUUAUAGACAACUUUAGUAUGAAACUGUCUCCGCCCAAAAUGCCUGAGAAGUUAGAAGGACCGACAGAAUCUGGUAGAAGGAACUUAGAUGGAUUCACUUUGCAUCCGGUGCUACUAAAGAUUGGCGUAGAUAAGCCAUAUAUUAAUGGUACAAGAAAUAAGCCUUCAGAGACAAAAGAGGUGGAUCCUUGGUGCCGUAAUGCUGUACUCUGUAAGCUGACCAAUAAGGACCCUGUCUGUGGCUUUGACGAGAAAUUUGGCUACGGGAAAUUUGAAAAUAUCUGCCAUAUGCUCUACGUCAACUGUUAUUGGAAACAUAAUUUCACACUUGUUCCAAAAUGUAAUCAGAUAUAA